AUGUUUCGAAGGGUCUUCACACCAGGCAAUCUACCAAGCUUUGUCUUCCCCUUGCCAGGACUAACCCACAUCACUUUUACCGCGGAGGCUGUAUUGCAAAAGCUGACGUCUGUACGCAAACACAGCUCGCCGGGUGUCGACACCAUUCGUCCAGAGGCACUGGAAGCAGCAGCAAGCCAACUGUCAGGACCUUUAGCUCAGCGCUGCUUAGACCAGAACCAAGUCACCGCCAUGUGGAAGCUUGGAAUAAUAGCCCCGAUUUACAAAGGUGGAAGCGAAACUGAUCCCUCCAACUACCGCCCAGUAUCACUUCUUCCUAUACUCUCCAAGGUCAUGGAAUCCAUAGUUGCCGACACACCGGUGUGCUAUCUGGAAAACUGCAACAUCAUCACUCCUGAGCAGCACAGUUUCCGUCGACAGCGGUCAUGUACAACGAAUUUACUAAUUGCACGCAGUAGUUGGACCAAGGCAGCUGACGCUGGAGAAGGUGUUGAUGUGAUCUACCUGGCUUUUUUCAAGGCUUUCAAUCGUCUAGACCAUCGGAUACCAUUAUCCAAGCUGUAG